AUGUCUGCACUGCGGUGGUUGUCCAGUCCUCUGAGAUGCCCCAGCGGUGGCAACGGCCGAGCUCCAUAUGAAGAGCAGGCUGCAAUUUUGGGGUCCGCAGCCCCUGGGGAAUCACCUCAGAAAUCGGACAUGGAAUUUACUACUACUGCACAACAGGAUGUUCUGGAGCAUCUGGCUUAUGCAGAGCAGUUGGUGGUGAGUCUAAAAGAUGUAAUUAGACAGAAGGAUGACCAACUGCAGCAGAAAGAUGACGCUUUUCAGGGUUCUACAGAGAUGGAAGAAUUUGUAAUGCUGAAGCAACAGCUCCAAGAGAAGGAGGAACUCAAGCCCAGCUCAGUCAGACACAGGCAGAGCAACCUGCACAGAUACCAGCAGAUAGAAGCUGAGCAUAUUUUAAAGAACACUGUGGAAGGAGAGAAACAAAAGUCCAAGAUUCUGAAGAAAAAGAUGGAACUUGAAGUGGUAGAGAGAAAAUUAUCCUUCCACAACCCGUGGGAAGAAAUGAAACAUCUCUUGGAACAGUCUGAGAAAGGAGGCCAAGCCCAGGCUGAACUGGAUCCUUGGUACCGUAGUUUAGAGAAGCACCAAGCAGAAAGGGAAGAGAAGAACACUCACAUCAUGAGUCUUCAACAGGCUGGACAAGAGCUCCACACUGCCUGUGAUGCCUUGAGAGAUGAAAACUCAAAGCUUCUCCAAGACAAACAUCACCUUUCAAUACAGUGUGAGAAAGCAAUUCAAUCAGCCCAGGCUCUUCAGCAUUUGGAAGAUCAACUCCAGGAAAAAUCCAAAGAAAUUAGCCAACCUGUAAGUAAACCAAUCUUGCAACAACAUGAAAUAGCAUCUCAGACUUCUUUCCUAUACAUUUAUAAUGAGGGUACACAGCUGGAGGAAUUGAAGAAUAUGCAGCAGCAAUACUUACAGAUUAACCAAGAGAUCACUGAGUUAUGUCCACUGAAGCAACAAGUUAAAGAACGUCAAGAUAAAGCAAAAACAUUUCAAAUUAUGCAAGAGGAGCUCAGGCAGGAAAACCUCUCCUGGCAGCAAGAGCUGCAUCAGACCAGGUUGGAACACAAUCAAUGGGAUUCUCCCCAAACCCCUGUUAUUGGCUCCUGUGGCACUCAGGAGCAGGCAGUGAUAACAGAUACCAUAAGCAACAGUUGUCAAAGGAUUUUUCUUGCAAACCCAGAGUGUUACUGUAUGGAAGCAAGUUUUGCGUUCACUCUGCCCUUCCUGGACCCGAGGGCCACUGCUAGCAGUCAUCUGCUUUCUGAUGAUUCAUGUCCUACUCAAUCUAUGCUUCCCAGGUCACCUUUGGACUUAGUUUUCACUUUUUGGACCACUCCUCUCAAACCUUUCCUCACCUUCAACAUCAGGACAAUCAACUCCAAUGGUACAGUCUUCUCAUUGACAGGUCUUCACUCCAACUCUCCACAGAAAGUGUCUGCAAAACCAGAGGUGGCUUUGAGGACAGGCUUAAUAUUUGUUCAGAUUUUGCAGGGUCCUGAUCUUUUGUGGUUCUGUAAAAGAUAA